AUGGAUGCCUCACCCCUCACUCAGCAGAGUAGACCCGAGUCCUUCAAGCCUAAGAUUGUCCAGCUCUAUGAGAAUCUCUUCAAGACGACAGAUGACGCAGACCCCUCGGAGGGGUUCUGGAGGGAGUUCUUCUUGCUUCCUCCGGACCGGACCCAAUUGCAUGAUAUUCUAGAUGACUUGAGUCCAGACGAGAUAAUCAGUCUGCAGAAAAGAGCUCCAAACAACUCACGCAACUAUCAGAUUCAAACUCGCCGUUUCUUUGCUCGUGCUGUUCGCGAGGCGGCAGCUGGGGUUGCUCCGGCUGCUUCUUAUGCCUUGGAUACAUUGACUAUAUUCUUGUCGAGUAUUCUAAGCAAAAAAUACACAAAUCCAAGCUCGGAUGUUAUCACUGUUCUUGCAGGACUCCACGAAGUGGACCAUGUCAUGUCUGAGUUUGUAGCAGUCUUGGAUGGAACUAUUCGAAAUGCCAGCACUUUCGAUGUGCGCCUCAAGGCUAUCAAGACGGCUAUUGCUAUGACCAGCGGAGCAUAUAAAACAACCUUGGUCUCCUAUUUCACACACCGAGAUCUUUUCCCAUCUCUCAUGAAGUAUGUUUCUGAAUCUGAGACCUCGCUUCAAGUGUUUGACCCAUUCCUCCUACUGGGACUCCUGGCCAACUACAAUAAGUUUGAAUUUCAAAAUCCUUAUCAGCUUCGACUUGAUGAUUUUGUAAAUGAGACAAGUAUUCGAAAAGUUGCCAAGGGUGUCGGUUUGGCUUGCGCCGGCCUGCGGAACGGCUACGUUGCUGUGCAAGAUGAUAUCCCAGAGGGCUGGAGUCUGGCCAGCACAUUGAUUUUCUUUGGACUGCGAGCACUUGCUCCCGGUGCCAGGGACAAAGCAAACCCCCCUACAGCCGAAGAAGCAAAGGCAAUGUUUGCUGAUCUACCCGCGCAAGAAGCUGCAGUUCUUAUGGCAACAUAUGACUUUACCAAUGCCAAUAAACUCUUCGGUUAUCAUCUGGUUCACUCUGAGCCAGAAAACAAAGAGGAAGAAUCUCCUUUCUCGAGCUUCCUCUCAUUGACCUCAUAUCUUCUCCAACAUGCAUAUCGGUCCCAACGGGUCGGACACUAUGCCGAACUCAACCUAUUUACGCUGCGCAUUUUGGUCGAAGACCCAGCCAUCUGCAAGCACAUCUGCAGUGAAGAUGGAAAGCGAAAGGUCCGCAUCUGCCGACAAAAACAGCCUUACCUCCCCCUGGUCAGCGGAGAUCGGGUUCUCGCAACCGUCAUAUUCGACAUCGCCAUCGAUACCAUUACACAUAAUCUUCGCCGGCGUCUCGAUGUCAACAUCUACAGUCACACAAUCGCAAUCACACUCCGCCUUCUGACCUAUCUCUCAAAGAACAAAAUCCGGCUGACCUACCACUGGUCCGAGCUCUGGCGAACUCUGCUCUCUCUCAUGCGUUUCCUCACUACCUACGCUUCUGAUCUAACAAGCAACCCCAAGAUCAAAACCCUCACAACCUCCCUCGCAGAUCUAAUUGCCUUCUGCGUCUCAGGCGGCGACACCUUCCUCCCAGAUCCAGCCUCCUACGACGACCUGUUCUACAAGCUCGUUGAGACGGGCCCCAUCAUCACCAAAUUCCGAGAUGCGUACCCAUUCUUCCGCAAUAACGCAGCAGGCACCAAAUCAGCCAGUGUAAUCUCCCAAAGCAACGAGCGGCAUUCGGCCGCCAUCGAAACCCUCCAAUCGGUUUCCACUCAUUUCUAUACCCUGCUCUUCCAUUCAGAUGGUACUAGCCCCGCUGCUGCCGCUGCUGUGGCGAGCCCGAAUCCCGAUGAGCCGGCCCCCGUGGCGCUGCCUUCGAUCCGGAAGAAGAAUCUCUCCCCGCGUGAGGUUCACCGUAUCAUUAAGCAGGGAUAUGACACUUUGAGCAUCCAGCCGCCGGAGGGUCUGAGUGCUUGGGACAAGUGGCGUGAAGCAGAAUGGAAGAGUGAGUUGAAGCGUGCGGCGCGGUGUGCGGUUGAUGAUGCAAGGCAACUAGUUGCUUAG